UACGAUCGGAGACCAUGCACCACAGGAGAUGGGCGUUCCAGAAGAGAUGAAGGAGUAUACUCUUGCUUGAUUUGUUCCUAGUGCUUGUUGCCUGCAAGCCCUGUGGAGCCCGCGAUAGAUGACAUCACUCGAUCGUCAGUCCUUAUAUACUUACUAUUCCACUGCACCUGUUUCUAAGAUGGAAUAGACAAAAUCAAAAUGAAUGACCAAGCCCCGUCCCGUCCACUCUCUCUGGCUGUGUACAAUUUCACCUCCUCGUGGUUUCUGAUCCCCCAGGGCACAAGCAUUCUCGCCGUCAUCCUGCACCAGCUGCACUACCAGUUCGGUGCCCUCCCCAUCCUUGCCAAAAUCGUCUGGAUCUAUGCGAUCGUCUUACUUGGGCUCUUCCUCGGUAUCUACGUUGCUCGGAUUAUUCUUCACCCCCAACAUGUCGUCCGUGAGAUUCGCCACAACGUCGUCGAGGCCUCGUGCCUGGCGAGCGUCCCCAUCGCCUUCACUUCCAUCAUCCAGAUGAUCUCGCUGCAGUAUAAUGGCGGCGCCGAGAUGGCCGCUUAUGUGCUCUGGUGGAUCUCGACAUUUCUGUCUUUAUGCUCGGUCAUUGGCGUGCCCUACUCUCAGCUGAAGAUGCAGCCGUCCGGGAUAGAACAUAUGCCCCCCACUUUCCUCCUGCCCGUGAUAUCAAUCCUCACAUCUGCGGCUGGCGGCGGCGUCAUCUGUGAGAGCAGCAGCCUGAGCGCACGACUUCGCGUCCCCGCCAUCAUCGUCUCCUACAUGGAGCUCGGGGCAGGCCUUGGGCUGGCCACCUGCAUCGACGCCUGCAUUGUCUACCACCACUUCGACCGGAAGUACCCGCGGUACGGCGAGGCGUACCAGGACAUGGUCCUGUGCGGGCCCUUUGGACAGGCGAGCUUUGCGCUGCAGAUACUAGGCACUGCCGUCCAGCACAGCUUCGGCGCGUACAACAGGGGCUCUUUACUGACAGAAACAUCGGCAGCGCCGAUUGCCGCGGUCAGCCAGUUUGCCGGGUUGAUGGCGUGGGGAUUUGGCACGUUCUGGUGGAUUUUGGCUAUACUGAGCAUUGUGUAUACGCUAAAUGUGCAGUCAGGGGGGUUGAGAAAUGCGGCGUUUUCGCUGAGUGCGUGGUCACUUAUUUUUCCAUGGGGUGUAUAUACCAACGGGGCAGUGCAGCUGGGCAAGUUGAUGAACUCACCUGCGUUCGAUGUGUGGUCGACGGCAUUGUUGCUGAUGCUGGUCAUCUUGUGGGCUGUAAUGAACCUCUUCACUAUCAAGGGCAUCGUAACCGGAAAGCUGUUGGGACUGGAAAAGGGUUGGAGAGUUCCCAAGAGCGAGCAUCAGACUGUUUGAUGUACAUAAAAUCCAUUCUUGCCAGAUGAGCAGCUGUAAAAACAGUAUACUCUGUGUAUAUACAGUUUACUUCUAUCACUGAUUAUAUCACGUUCAUUAACCCA